UAGGACAACUAUGUUACUCGGACACUUGAUUCAUCAUUGUAAAAGAAUUCAAGAACUAUGAAAUUAACAGAGUGAAACUCAAGAGUAGCAUAGGAGAAGAGGUAAGGAAGUGGAACAUAUAGUUUGGUAUGUUUAAAAAUAUGUAUAUAGUACGAGGUGAGAAGAAUAUAUUCUAAGGAAUCUAAACAGAGUGACAAGGAAAAUCACCAAUUGAGGCAAAUGUAAGAAGGUUCUCCAAAGAAAAAAAGUAAAAAAGAAAAAAGUAUGGGUUAAUUAAAAUAUUUACUGAAAUAGUAAGCAGCUGUAAACCCAGAAAUGGGAAGUUGUGGACCAGUACACUCACUAUGAGAGGGUAAUGGGAAUGGCUUGGGGGUGGGUAAUGGGGUAUAACAUGGGAGCUCUUUUCUUUUUUCUUUUUUUUUUUAAAAAUCAAAAUUCUCACAAAUACCUUGUUAAUUUCGUAAAUUCUGUUUUUUGUUUUAAAUUUUUGUAUUCCUUAACCGUCGACUCUGCAACAUCUUCCACUCACUCUCAAAAGCAAGCAUGCUUCCUCACAAUUUAAAAGGUCGGUUUUUGUGGCUUUUUUAUAUUCAUUCUUCCCACUAACCUUAACCUUAACCUUGUGUUUUUCUUCACAAACUAACUUACCCACAUUUUUUGUUUCUAUAUAUAUACACAUUAUACAUACGCUGUAUGUAGUAACAACAUACAUGCUUAUAUUUGGUGCUUCUCAGCCUUUCACGUAUUCUGUGUCUUUUCUUCUUUUCACCCAAUUACACUCUCCAACUUGCCUUCUUCUCUCUUUUUUAGCAACCACGUACUUGCCGAAACUUCAGCCAAUUUCCUUUGUUGUUGUUGUUGUUCUAACUAACUGCAUUUUACUUAGUUUUUUUGAUGGGGAAAUUCCAUCUGACAUUGCUAUUUCUACAUACUCUUUUUGCCAUCAAUGCAUGCCUUUUUCCUGCCUCCCAUGCUAGACACCAUAGACACACUUACAAACGACACAAGCAUGGACAUUAUAUUUCUCCCCCUGAUUCCGGAAUAUCCUUGCCCCCUUCUUCUCAGCCUAAUAACCCUUCAGCAGAUCCUCCUGCCUAUGCUCCUCGCGGUGUUUUUGAUGUUAGGAGUUUUGGAGCCGUAGGGGAUGGUGUUUCUGAUGAUACGGAGGCCUUUAAGGCGGCUUGGGAUGCUGCUUGUAGUAGUACUGAUAAUUCCGACUCUACUGCAUUACAUGCUCCUAGUGGCCAUACCUUCAUGAUUCAAUCUACCAUCUUCUCUGGCCCUUGUCAAACUGACAUUAUUUUUCAGAUUGAUGGGUCAGUUGUGCCACCGGAUGGGCCUGAGCAGUGGCCAAAGAACACUAGUAAGCAUCAGUGGUUAGUGUUCUACAAAGUUGGAGGGAUGUCACUCCAAGGGGGAGGCCGUAUUGAUGGAAGGGGAGGAAAAUGGUGGGAGCUCCCCUGCAAGCCUCACAGGGGACCUAAUGGAACCACACUGCCUGGUCCUUGUGAUAGUCCUAUCGCCAUCAGAUUCUUUGAGAGUUCCAACUUGACAGUCAAAGGACUCCAAAUCCAAAAUAGUCCACAAUUCCACUUCAGAUUUGAUGUUUGCCACAAUGUCCACAUAGAGUCAAUUCACAUAACAUCUCCGGCUUUAAGUCCUAACACUGAUGGAAUUCAUAUUGAAAAUACCAACAAUGUCCAGAUUUAUAACUCCUUCAUUUCCAAUGGCGAUGACUGUGUCUCAAUUGGCUCUGGUUGCUUCGAUGUAGACAUCAGAAACAUCACCUGUGGACAUGGUCAUGGAAUCAGUAUUGGAAGCUUGGGGAACCACAAUUCAAGGGCAUGUGUACACAAUGUGACUGUGAGAGACUCGCUGAUGAGAGAAACCAGCAAUGGAGUGAGGAUCAAGACUUGGCAAGGAGGGUCAGGUGCUGUCUCAGGGGUGACAUUUGAUAACAUACGAAUGGACUCUGUGAGGAACCCCAUCAUAAUUGACCAGUACUAUUGCUCCGGAAAAGGUUGCAACAACCAAACCUCGGCUGUCUUAGUGACUGACAUUGUUUAUUCCAGUCUGAAGGGCACGUAUGAUGUUAGGAGCCCUCCUAUGCACUUUGGUUGCAGUGACGCAGUCCCUUGCUCCAACAUUACCUUGUCAGAUAUUGAGCUACUCCCAGCUGUUGGGGAAAUGGUGUUGGACCCCUUCUGUUGGAACGCUUAUGGAAGCUUAGAGUCUCUCACUAUUCCUCCCGUAUUCUGCUUGCAAGAGGGUAUCCCGCCUCAACCUAUCUUGGAAAGUAGUAUUGAUCAUUGUUGAGUUUAUCAGCAUCUAGUAUACAAUGUAUAUACAUUUGUAUAAGAAUUGAUUUGGUGUACGUGUCAAUUGAGGUGCGGCCGAGUUUCUAUUCAAGGAGAAGCAUAUUUAAGUCUUCUCCUGCUGUAAUAGUAUUACAGGUUUUCUAGUAUGCAAUGUCAAUUUGAAGGCUUUAAUCUCAUUUUUAUGUUCUGUUCUUUGUAUUAUCAUGCAUUCAUGCAAUUGUAUGGGUAUGUUGUUCUAAUUUGAUCAUGUUU